AUGUAUAAUUAGAAUAGAAUUAUAGGUCGCCCUGGCAUGAUAUAGAAUCAGUAGGGAAUGAUGAAUGCUAACAUGUCAAAUAAUGGAAGAAUGUUGGGAUAAAAUAGCUACUUGAUGAAUUAGCAGAACGGCUAUAAUUAGUAUUAAUAAAACUCUUAAAAUAUGAUGAUGAUGCAGUAGUAGUAGUAACAAUAAUAAUAACAAUAAUAAUUCCUUAAUGGCAUUAAAACAUGUAAAUGGCAUAAGGGAUAAGUUUAUAUUGCUAUUUGCUCUUAUGACCAAUGCAAAAUGGGUAGACUUUGCUGUCUUAGAUGUAUGGUAUCAAAGCACACCGACCAUACUUAACAUCUUAUCUUGCUUGAUGAACUCAGAGAUUCUGAUCUGAUGUCUUUAUCUGUACCAACUAAUUGGACAAACACUUUAGGUCCUUUGAAAGAUGAUAUUUAAUCGAUUAUUAGAAUUUGUAGGGUUAGUGAUGUUUCAAGUUACUUGUAAUGUUAAGAUGAUGAGGUUUAGAAAAUAGAUGAGAUGUUUGAUACAUUUACAAAGGAAAUAAUAGAAGACAUAGAGAAGUUAAGGAGUCAUGUAAAAGGAAUUUGUAUUGAAAAAAACCAGAGUUGUGUGGAUAGGUUUAUUAAAUUGGCAGAAACACUCAGAAAAGUUUUAAAUCCUUAAAACUUAUUGAAUAUAGUGGACGAUUUUAUUACUGAAAGUAGUAGCAAGAAUGAAUUAAUUUAGAAAUCUAAGAACAUUAUUUUGCAAUAAUAGUAAGCUGAAUAAGAGCUCGAAGAUUAGCUUAAUACAUUCUUUACAACUGCAAGAGUUUCCCCGGAAGAUUAAGAUGCCAUUUACAAAAACUAUAACUUCCUCUGUAAAAAAGAGCAAUAAGGAUAGAUUGAUAUUGAUUCAUAAAAUUACUUCAAUUGGAAUGCACUAAAUGAAAUAAGAGAGCAAAUUUAAAAUGUUAUGUAAAACAAAAUUAAAUUUGCUGAAAUCUUCUUCCCAGAUCAAGUACUUUACAACAAAUACGAAAAUUUAGACAAAGUGCGUUCCUUAACAAGUGUUUAUGAUGAAAUCACAACUUCAGUGGGACAAAUUACAAAUGUAGAACCAAUAGAUAAUGAAAGGUUUAUGAUUAUUAGAGAUGUUGAUUUAAUGGAAGUUUGGAAUAUUGAUUUGCAUAAGAAAGAAUAUUCAUAUUGUAUAGCAGGUCAAAAAUCACAUAUAACUCCUAUUAAAACCAAGAGUAAAUUACUUGUAGCCUAUGCCUCAGCACUUCAAACUUCUAUUUAAAUUGCAGAUACUUAAAGUAGAAAGAUAAUUAAAAGCUUUAGUUUACCAAAUGCAGCUAAAUCAAUAAAACUGCUCUCAGCUAAAGAUGAAAAUAAUACCAUUAUUGAUCAGAUCUUACUUGCUAUUUUACUUGACACAGGCGAAGUUAAAAUCAUUAACGUGAGCAAAAAUAUUAUUAUAGAUUUGAAGAAUAAAAAUACAACUUUUAUGGAAAUUUUACCUGAAAUAAGGUGCUAUCAGUAAUAAUCAUUUGAGGAUCCUUAAUAGAAUUAGCAACAAAUUUAAACUUCACAAGGAAUAAUUAGCUCUUAUGGUAUAAUUACUGCUUCAAAUGAUCUACUAAGUAUUUGGUAUCCACUAUCUUCAAAGUGUGUUAGAAACAUCAAAGUUGUAAUGAAACCUAAUGAGACUUUGAAGCAAAUUGGUUCCUUUGAAAUAACAAAUUAUGAAAAAUAAUAGACUUUCUUUUCUGAUAGUGUUGCAGGUUGUCCCUCUAAGACAGCUAUUGCCAUGUUAACUAAUAAAUCUUUAAGAAUAUUCAAUUGGUUUAAGGCUAAUUGUGUUAGAGAAAUUCCUGUGGAAGAUUGUAAUAAUUUCCACAUCUUAUAGAGUUUCAUUUAAAAGGAACUUAAAAAUAUAUUUUUAUUAUAUAAUGUCGGAGAAAAUAAACCUGCAGAAUAUGCUACCUGCGAUUGGAGUACCUAAAAAGUUGAAUAUUGGAAUAGUGGUAGUCUCACUAACUUUACUUGCAUCAAGACUCUUAACUAGCAUAAAAUUUUAGAAAUAGGAAAGCAUAACGCCAAAGGAUCUGACUCCAAAAAGACAAAUAAUGGUUCUAAUAUUCUAACAUUUGAAGUAAGAGCAAGAAUUAAAUCUCUUAAUUGA